CAACGCAUGUGACAUACAUGUGUGCACGACGUGGUACGUGUACAAGAAAACAUUAGCCUUUUCGAAACGAGACCAUCUGUCAGACGGGUUGUUGGUUCGGUAGCAGGACUUGAAAACCAACCGCCAAGAUGGUGAACUUCACAGUAGAGCAGAUUCGGGCCAUCAUGGACAAAAAGGCCAACAUACGAAAUAUGUCCGUGAUCGCCCACGUGGACCAUGGCAAGUCAACACUAACGGACUCACUGGUCAGCAAAGCCGGCAUUAUCGCCAGUCAGAGGGCCGGCGAAGCUCGUUUCACGGACACGCGCAAGGAUGAACAGGAAAGAUGCAUCACUAUCAAGUCGACUGCGAUUUCGAUGUACUACGAGCUAUCUGAAGCUGACAUGUCGUACAUCACCCAGGAAAAGGAUGGCAAUGGCUUUCUCAUCAACCUGAUUGAUUCUCCCGGCCAUGUGGAUUUCUCCUCUGAAGUGACAGCAGCGCUGCGGGUGACUGACGGCGCGCUUGUUGUAGUCGACUGUGUCAGUGGUGUGUGCGUGCAGACGGAGACUGUGCUACGUCAAGCCAUUGCCGAGCGCAUCAAGCCGGUGGUAUUCAUGAACAAGAUGGACCGUGCCCUGCUAGAGUUGCAGCUGGAGAUGGAAGACCUGUAUCAGACUUUCCAGCGCAUCGUGGAGAGCAUCAACGUGAUUGUGGCCACCUAUGCUGAUGAGUCGGGACCCAUGGGGGAUAUUCAGGUGGAUCCAUGUAAGGGCACUGUAGGGUUUGGGUCUGGCUUGCACGGCUGGGCCUUCACCCUCAAGCAGUUCGCCGAGAUCUACUCGAACAAGUUCAAGAUUGAGCCAGCCAAGUUGAUGAAGCGGCUCUGGGGGGAUCAGUUCUUUAAUGCCAAGGAGAAGAAGUGGAACAAGACUGGUGGGGAUGGUUACGUUCGAGGCUUCAACCAGUUUGUGCUGGAUCCCAUCUACAAGAUUUUUAGCGCCAUCAUGAACUUCAAGAAGGACGAGACAGCCAAGCUGUUGGAGAAGCUAAAAAUCAAGCUGACGGGAGAGUCCAAAGACAAAGAGGGCAAGCCCCUGAUGAAGGAAGUGAUGCGCAAGUGGUUGCCGGCUGGUGAGGCUCUGCUGCAGAUGAUCACUAUUCAUCUGCCGUCCCCAGUCACCUCUCAGAAGUACCGGAUGGAGUUGCUUUAUGAAGGCCCUCACGAUGACCCUUGUGCCCUGGGCAUCAAAAACUGUGACCCCAACGGACCUCUGAUGAUGUACAUCUCCAAGAUGGUACCGACCACCGACAAGGGCCGCUUCUACGCCUUUGGCCGUGUGUUCUCGGGCAAGGUCGCCUCUGGCCAGAAGGUUCGCAUCAUGGGACCGCACUAUGUACCCGGCAAGAAAGAAGACUUGUACCAGAAGAGCAUUCAGAGGACUAUUCUGAUGAUGGGACGUUACAUUGAGCCAAUUGAGGAUGUGCCCUGCGGCAACAUUGUGGGCCUGGUCGGUGUUGACCAGUACUUGGUGAAAACCGGAACUAUCUCCACAUAUGAUAAUGCUCACAACAUGAAGGUGAUGAAGUUCUCCGUCAGUCCCGUGGUGCGCGUGGCAGUGGAGGCCAAGGACCCCUCCCAGCUGCCCAAACUGGUGGAGGGUUUGAAGCGCCUGUCCAAGUCGGACCCCAUGGUCCAGUGCAUCAUCGAGGAAUCCGGGGAACACAUCGUGGCCGGAGCUGGCGAGCUCCACUUGGAGAUUUGCCUCAAGGACCUGGAAGAGGACCACGCCUGCAUACCAAUCAAGAAAUCAGACCCAGUAGUUUCCUACAGGGAAUCUGUAAGCAUGGAGUCGAAACAGACCUGUUUGUCCAAGUCUCCCAACAAGCACAACCGUCUGUUCAUGAGGUGCCUUCCCUUCCCAGACGGCCUAUCAGAAGACAUUGAAAAGGAUGAAAUCACUUCCCGGACCGAACCUAAAGCCCGAGGUCGAUUCUUGGCUGACAAGUACGAUUACGAAGUGAACGAGGCCAGGAAGAUCUGGUGCUUUGGGCCGGAGGGUACUGGACCCAACUUGCUGAUUGAUUGCACCAAGGGAGUGCAGUAUUUGAAUGAGAUUAAGGACAGCGUGGUGGCUGGCUUCCAGUGGGCAACAAAAGAGGGGGUCAUGUGCGAUGAAAACGUUCGUGGGGUCCGCUUCAACAUUCAUGAUGUUACCCUGCACGCCGACGCCAUCCAUCGGGGCGGUGGACAGAUCAUACCCACAACUAGGCGUGUUCUCUACGCCUGCAUGCUGACUGCGGAACCUCGUAUCCUGGAGCCUGUCUAUCUGGUGGAGAUCCAGUGCCCAGAAGGUGCCGUGGGAGGUAUCUAUGGAGUUUUGAAUCGCAGACGUGGCCAUGUGUUUGAAGAGGGCCUUGUUCCUGGAACACCGAUGUUCAUGGUCAAGGCAUAUUUGCCCGUCAAUGAAUCAUUUGGCUUCACAGCCGACCUGCGCUCACAAACGGGCGGUCAAGCGUUCCCCCAGUGUGUGUUUGACCACUGGCAGAUCCUUCCUGGAGAUCCCUCUGACCCUUCCUCCAAGCCAGGUGGUGUCGUCACCAACACGCGCAAACGUAAGGGCCUGUCUGAGGGCAUUCCCUCACUGGAUAAAUACCUGGACAAGCUGUAGAACUCGAUGGCAGCUCGGGAAGAAAACUGGCCAGAGAUCACCGAUGACUGAGCUUUCCUGGUGUAUUAAAUUGCAUAUUACGACAGUUAAAAAAACCCAAAUGAAACUGUGAUGUAUCAUGUAAUAGGAGUCGAAAAGUAUUUCAAUUAUUUUAAUAUUCAUCUCGACUCUUGUUUAAAAUCAAAGGAAUACUUUUUUUUUGUUCUCUCCAUCUAGAUAAACUGAAAAUUGUUUAAGGUAAUAAUACUCAUUAUUCUAAUAAUUUGAGAAGAAUGUAAAUGCUGACUGCAUAGGCGAGAUGUAGUAGUUGUCAACAAUUAAAGUGGGACCCAAAUCUUUGGACUGGUGUUCUAGCCAUAACAGUCCCAAAUCUUCCAAUUUCAAUAUGAUUUUACACACACACUAGGUGAUUAAAAAUUAAGGUUAAUGGUCAUAAAUAUUACUCACCAGGCAAGCAAGUGCCGUUUCCAAAUGUUAAAUAUACUGAAUACGGAUGGAGGUUCUUUGAAAAAUUUUAUUAGGUCUGCUUUCCAAAAUGGCACAGUUUGUCAAUUUGUUGGAUCUUGGAAUGUGGACUCAUGCACACGCAAGUACUGCUCUAUUUUGUGAAAAAAUUUUAUUUAAAAUGACUUCCUCAAACCAGAUGCAGAGUUUACAUGUAAUGUAGCUUUAUUUGUAGAGGAGCAAACAUACCUCAGUGGCUAGAGAUAAGUAAUUUAUUUGUGCCCUUGAAUAUACCCCUUGCUGUAGUAGAAGUUGAACUUGUCCCAUCCAGAUGUGUCGUUGCAUUUGUCCCUCCCAGAUGUGUCGUUGCAGUUUCCUCAUGAAUUGGUGAAGUUGAAAGCCUGCAACUUUCCACUGUUUCUCAAGUUGACCAUCAAAUAGACUCCGUGCAGAAUGGGUUCGCUUAAUACACGUUGUACUUUCAGUUUGGGGUCGACAUCGCAUAUUGAAGCUAUUGUUGAGUUUGUCCGAGGUGUAGUGGGGUUUUGCAUCGCAGAUUUGCAGGAGGUGAGCCAGAAAUGUGCCGAGGGCAUGCAUAGGGAGAUUGGCUUGUCAACAUAUUAAAAUGCUGUGAAGAUACUUAACAUGAA